AUUUUUACACCCUGAAAUAAGAAACGACAUACACACUCCUCUCGAAAGCAACUCUCCUUUCGCCCCCAUAUUUAGGAAAAAAGCCUGAGACUAAUUUAAUUCUAUCUCCUUUUCCUUCUCUAAUACUACUAUUCCCUCAUUUACAAAAAGCAGCCAAAACGGGUCUACCUCUGUGGAUGCUUGGCCUCGGCGUCGAACGCUUGCGAGGUGAUAUGAAUCGCUUGCUCGCGUUACUCUUCCACCAGGGAGUAUUAGACGAGCAAUUUUUGCAGCUGCAACAGCUUCAAGAUGAAUCCUCUCCUAAUUUCGUCUCCGAAGUUGUCAACAUCUACUUCCAGGAGUCCGAAAAACUCUUACGAAAUCUCAGAUCCUUGUUAAUGGAUAGAGAGUUUUCGGACUACAAGAAAAUGGGAGUGCAUUUGAAUCAGUUUAUAGGAAGCAGUUCAAGCAUUGGUGCAAAACGCGUCAGAAACGUCUGCGUCGCCUUUCGCGUUGCGUCCGAGCAGAAUAACCGACUUGGUUGUUUGAGAGCUCUAGAGUUGCUUGAGCAUGAAUAUUGUUAUCUCAAGAACAAACUUCAUGAACUUUUCCAGAUCGAACAGCAAAGGCUGCUAGCCGCUGCAGUCAGGUACCCAGUUCAGCACUAAAACAAAACCGGAG